GCAUCACCACUCCAGAGGCAUCGUAUAUGUGAACCGUACUAUCGCUCCGCGCCGUUGUCCGUAGUCAGCACUAUUUACCGGCGGCUCCACACGAUGCAACAACUCUUCUGACGUCCUUCACCCUAUGACUCGCCUUAUCACGUUUCUAUUACCCCCAGCUUUCUAACCUUGGCCCAAGAUCAGAAAUCUAUUGCCCCCAGCUUUCUACGAAGCACGACCGAGUAGAUAACACCAGUCUUAUUUAACCCUCGAAAAUCUGCCAGUCUUUUCAUUCACCAUCACCCUUCCUCUUCCUCCAUUCUCAAACCAAUACAGUAGAUUCAUCUUCACCUCACAAUGUCGCUCAACCACUGCCCCCCGCUCAUUGAUGCGCAGCCCCUGAAGGAGCGCUUCAUCGGCAAGACGCUGUCGCAGAUUGAUCCUCCAGCCGCGAUUCUCGACCUUGCCCUGAUCCGCAAGAACUGCGAUGCAAUGCUCCAGUCUGCUGCUGCCAUAGGUGUGCUGUUUCGCGCACACGUCAAGACGCACAAAACCGUCGAACUCACUCGUUUGCAAGUUGGCGAGACGGGACCGGUGAGACUGGUCGCGAGCACGGUUGCGGAGAUGGAACUCUUGCUCCCGUACAUGCUGGAAUGUAAGGAGAAAGGACGGAAGGUUAAUAUGAUCUACGGCAUGCCCACUCCCCCAUCAACACUCCGCCGUCUCGCAGAAAUCUCCAGCACCCUCGCAAGUCCAUCCUCGAACGGCCUCAUCCUCCUCGUCGAUAGUCUAGCCGGCGUGCAAGGCAUCGCUCAGUACACCAGCACCGCCAACGCGCAAUUCGACAUCAUGAUCAAAGUCGACACUGGCUACCACCGCUCCGGCAUCCCCGUCGACAGCCCCGUCAUGGAAUCCACCCUAUCCGAGAUUUCCGCCCUCACGUCCUCAUCCAAGGCCAUCCGCUUCGCCGGCUUCUACUCGCACCGCGGCGACUCCUACUCCGGUAACACCCCCUCCGACGCCCUCUCCUAUCUCCAAAGCGAGCUCGAAGGCCUACGCGCUGCCGCUGCCCUCAUCGCUACCUACCCCGGCCUCCCAAAAACUCGUCUCUGCCUAUCCUUCGGCGCAACACCCACCGCCACCGCAAUCCAAAACAUCCUCAGCGCACCCAGCCCCGAAACGGCCUCGCUGCGCAGCCUCAUCGACGCCCUGCGCCGCGACCACGACCUCGAGGCCCACGCCGGCGUCUACCCGGUGCUCGACCUCCAACAGCUCGCCACGCACGCUCGCCCGUCGGCCGCCGAGAACACCGUCGCCGCGCUCGACACGUCCCACAUCGCCCUGCGCGUCAUGGUAGAGGUCGCGAGCGUGUACACCGACCGGCCCACGCCACAAGUGCUCGUCGCCGCCGGUACACUCGCGCUGGGCCGUGAGCCAUGCAAGAGCUACAGCGCCUGGGGCGUCGUGACGCCGUGGCUUGACGUCGGCUCUGCGACGUACGCCGCUGCGUGUGCGAUCAAAGCAGAUGAUGCUAGUGUCAAGCGUGUCGUGCCCGUGACGUACAGCGAGGCGGCGCCGACGGGCUGGGUUGUGGACAAGAUCUCGCAGGAGCACAGCAUUCUGGGCUGGCGCGGGGAACAUGCGGAAGAGGGUGCGGUGGAACGGGAUGGAGAUGAGGCGCGGAUUAAGAUGCGGCGGAUGGGUGUUGGUGAGAAGGUGAUGGUGUGGCCGAAUCAUGCGUGUGUGGCGGGAGCUGCGUUUGGGUGGUAUCUUGUUGUGGAUGGCGGCGAGGAGGUUGUGGAUGUCUGGGUUCGGGGCCGCGGAUGGUAGGGGUGUUUAGGACUUUUGGCAGCAUACUUUAUAGAGCUUGAGUUGAGGUACGAAUAUGAGAUAAAUUGCGUAU